UUUUAAUCCGAAAGGAUCAAAGGCGCGGUGCAAAUGUUUUGAAAUCUGUCAAUCCGCAUUCACGCACACCUGUCUCAUCUCUGCUAGGGACGGGAACUCUCCGCGAAGAUGAUGAAACAUAUACAACAGGUUUUACAAUCACUGAUGUUACUUGCCCGUUGGGGGAGAAAACGGCUAGAAAAGUCCUUAGUCGUAGAUGGAGGUGGACUACUGGUCCUGUUGUGGGCCGCGCCGGGCCAGCCACCCAGCAGCCAGGUGGUCAACUGCACAGUUGCAGUUGCAGGACCCUGGUGCUCAGGAGUCACAGUGGAAGAAGUCCAACAAGAGUUCUGGAGGAGACUGGGCCCCUCCCCCUGCCCUGCCCCUGACCCAGAGGAACUAUGUGCCUUCACCGAAAUCUAUGGCCCUCUCCACUUCCUUCUGUCCUUUCAGAUCAGUGAGGUGAAACUGGACAGGUGUAAGGUGUGGUCACACACAGAGGGCUUCUUGCACAAGCUGAGCCUGACUAACGCAGGGGUGAAAAUUCACCUCAAAUUGAAAUUGGAAGGAGAAACAUAUCAGAGAAUUUUUAGUGGGAAGGCAGAGAGACUCACCCUGAAGGACCAGACUGUGAUCAUGGAUGUUGCUUCUUCUAUCACGCAGCCUCCCAUGUCAGUAGGAGCAGGCCCGUGGUGCCAGCGAGUCCACCCUGUAUUAGGAGGUGGGUUACCUCUACUUAUCCCGCCUGAGGCCAUGGAGAGAGGCCUGUAUGGGGAGCUGCACCUCCUACCAGUCACUGUUCUCACCCCCUGUGUGUUGCAGUACCCCAACCUGGCAACCAGAGUCACACGCAUACAGGUGCUGCUGUACAGCCCCAGUAACCUUCCCCUGCUGGGGCCCUCAGCCUUCCUACAGCAACUGCCUUCCUGUCUGGCCCUGGAGGGGCUGGGUCUCUCUGGGCUUACCUGUACCUCAACACACUCCACCACCACAGAUCCACUCUGCAGUGACACUGUGUACAGUAUAGACAGAGCACAGUGUCAGGAAACUGAGCCAGAAUGGAUCCCCGCUGUGGAUCAGAACCUCUCUCUGUUCCUGUUCCUCCAGCACAGUGACCCCUUCCACUCCCAACUCUCUGACUUCAUGGCCAGCGAGGAGCUGUUAGAGCUCCACCUGGAGGAUGUGUUGAGGUACAACAGGGAGGCGGUGACAGCAGCCCUGAACACACUGCUGCAGAGCACACUGAAAGACCAGCAGCUGAGAGACAAGGCUCAGGAGAAGAUGUGCUCUGCCCUGGGGGUGAUGCUGAGAUCUAUAGGCUGUGUGGUGAGCAGCAGCACCAACAUGGAGUUCAGAGCAGCCUGUCUGGACCGCAUGAUGGUGCAGGACACUUAUGAGCUGUCAGCCUCUCUCCAUGAGUCUCUACAGAGAGUCACAGCUGGCCGUGUAGUGCCUAGUGGCAGGUGUUACUGGGGACAGGCGGACACGCUCACCUGCAGCAGACCUAAGAACUUUCCAAGUGGGAAGGAAAUCUGAACAUGCUGAUGUUUCGUUCUCUUGUACUAUAACAGUCAAUUCAUUGUAUUUGUUUUGUAUUAUAUAUUGUGAUAUUUAUUAAGUGCGAUAUAAAUAUGUAUGUUUCUAUGAUGUGAAUGUAAAUUAAAACUGGAAGACACAGCGAGAUAAUUUUUUAUAUUUCUGUUUUCCUCUGUAUUCAUGUAUUUAAUGUAUUUUAUAUUAUUAUUAUAAUGUAUUUAAACAUUAAGCGUCACUAUCAAAA